AUGCCCGCGGCCUCCUCUCGCGAACGAAACUUCCAGAACGACGAAGACGAAGAGAGAACUCUCCUGCUCGUCGUCACUCGUCGUCGUCGCGGACGACCGCGCGCGCACGCGCGGUCGCGAGCGGCGCGGCGUUCGAUCGCGCGACCCGCGCGGCGACGGUGGGACACCGUCGACGUCUUCGAGCGACGCCGCGCGAACGUCGUCGUCGUCGUCGUCGUCGUCGUCUGCGCGACAGCCGCGACGAUGGGACGAUCCCGGGGCGAAUCCCCGAGCAGCAGCGACGGCGAGAGCUCGUCCUCGGAAGAUCGUCGCGCGUCGGAGCGACGGAAAGAGAAGAAGCACAAGAAGGAGAAGAAGCACAAGAGCAAGAAGGAGAAGAAGAGUAAGAAGCGGAAGCGCGGCGACGACGAGGAGGAGAGGCGCGAGAAAGAGAUGCUGAAGGAGGCGAAACGAUAUCUGAGGAUGCAGAGAGAGCUCGGCAUGAGCGCCGCGGGCGGCGCGGGCGCGGGCGGCGUGGGCGUCGCCGCCGCCGCCGUCGCCGUCGAGAAUGCGCGCGUCGCCGCCGCCGCCGCCGCCGCCGACGACGACGUCCCGCCGACCGCGGCGCGGGCGGCGGCGAAACGAGUCGCGGACGCGCGAAAAGCGGCGCUCGAGGAAGACGCCGCGCUCGCUUCCGUGGGCGCGCUGCGGGAGAGCCUCCUCGACUUCCGCGCGGCCGGUCUGCCUCCCUCGCUGACAGACGUCGGCGCCGGCGGCGACGCAGCCGGCGCGGCGAACGCGCGCGUCGACGCGGCGACGGCGAAGGCGCGGCGAAGACUCGAGAAGGAGCGCCUCGAGGAGCUCGCGGGCCCCAAGGCGACGGGGAGGGACGCGCUGCGAGAGAAACGCCUCGGCAUCCGCGCGGAGCAUCGCGCGUACCAGGCGCAGAGAGACGACGCGAUGCUCGGCGGGAUGAGAGAGCUCGGAGGGAGCGAGCUCGGCGGCGGCGGCGGGGAUGAAUUUCGCGCGGCGCUCGCGGCCAAGCGCCGCGCUCAGGAGCGACGCGCGAACGCGCGGGGGACCACGGCGGACCCGCGCGUCCUCGCGGCGAGGGCGGAGGCGCACGAGCGCGCGGAGAGGGAGAGGAUGAGCGCGUUUCACGAGCUCGUGGGCGACGCGGGCGGGGAGAAGAUGACGAUCCCGCGGCGGGGGGGGUGA